AUGACGCAGCCGUUGGACAAAGUCCACCCCCAAGUUAAGGAAGUGCCAAACAUGAUCUGCCUCUUCAUAUUAUUAACUGUCGCGAAAAGUCAAGAGCUUCCGGCAUCAGAUCGUCAAUCGAAUCUUAUACGACAAUACUUGGAAGAAAUAAGUCCAGAACCGACUAAAAAAGGCCCAGUACUAUUCCCAAACGAUGGACCUCCACCACCAAGACCUCCCCUGGUGGUCACAUCACGACCCUUAACAGAGGCUAUUGCUAGAAGCGAGCUCAAUAAUUCGGUCGCAGACUCCUCUUACAUAAACCCAGUGACGUAUCGACCGAAUUACGGAAGUUAUAAUAACUUUGAAAUCGGGGCCAGACCCUCACCAGAGCAGUACCGUAAUGACGUGUCGAGAGAACAAGAUUAUAGUGAGAAUCAGAACUAUGCAUUUUCAUACGUCGUAAAAGAUCAGAAGAACGGUGACGACUUCUCCCAUAAACAGCAAAGCGUGGGUUCCGCUACUAACGGCGAGUACAGGGUUCGACUCCCUGACGGGCGGGUCCAAAUCGUCUCCUAUACAGCUGAUGACAAUGGCUAUAACGCGAAAGUCAGAUACGAUGACGACCAGACAGACUUUAAUUUGAACAAAUAUGGAUCCGAUGAUUAUAUAAAUAGAGCUAAUUAUAAUACUAACAACGAUUAUAGGGAUAACAAUAACUUAAACAGCUACGAUUUUGGCAAAGUUAACUACAGAGACGAAAUACCAGUGAAGGAACACGAAUAUGAUUCAAAGGAAUACUACGAUUAUUCCGCUGAGAAUUUUAAAAGCCCACAACUCUAUAAUCCAGUAUCCACAGCCAACCCACUCUUAGCCACUACAAUAGCACCAUAUAUAAACCAGAGGUACCAAACGACGCCGUACCAAUUUUACCAAACACAACCACCAACAAAGGCGACGCUACUACAGAAUUACCAGACAAUAGCGCCGUUACAACAGAAUUUUCCAUUGAGCAAAAGCGAAUUUUCGCAGAACUAUCGGUCCCUGCAAUUAGACGCGUACACUACGCCGUUCCCCGUAUCCACAGUUAGGCCGUCAUAUGACGAUAUUAAACAUCUAUUUACAACACCCAAUUAUAAUAAUGUAGAAAUAAACAGUCCCUCCUCCUAUUCCGAUAACGUCGUUUAUAUUGGCGCAAAGAAUCCUAAUUCGUUACAUACGUUUAACGGUGAUAACAUCUCUACUACUCCGAGUUCUUAUAUCGCAUCCUCGUUAAAUAAUUUGAAUGACAGAAUCAACACUAAGCCGGUAUUGUCUAAUGGGUUUUUAGAACGGAUAAAUAAAUAUUUAAGUUUUAAAUAA